AGGGUUUCCCUGUAGGUCACUAGUUUUGCUGCAUUCUCUCCGGGAGGUACGGCCUCAUAGGGCUUCUCAAACAUCAGUGCGCCUGAGCGUCAUCUGAGGCGCUGUUUCAAAUGCAGCUGCCCGGGCUAUAAGAUCACACCCGAAGGCGUCCGGGAAUCUUCACUUUUUCCGUUGCUAGCAGUGGAAGGGUCACAGACCAAACACUAAGGCCUGAGCGGUGACAACCGAGGCGAGAUGAUGGUCAACAGGGAAUGCCUCGUGGGAGAAAAAAGACAAUUUUAUUCUCAGUGCUGAUUUUGAGAUGAUGGGCUUGGGAAACGGGCGUCGCAGCAUGAAGUCGCCGCCCCUUGUGCUGGCCGCCCUGGUGGCCUGCAUCAUCGUCUUGGGCUUCAACUACUGGAUUGCGAGCUCCCGGAGCGUGGACCUCCAGACACGGAUCAUGGAGCUGGAAGGCAGGGUCCGCAGGGCGGCUGCGGAGAGAGGCGCCGUGGAGCUGAAGAAGAACGAGUUCCAGGGAGAGCUGGAGAAGCAGCGGGAGCAGCUUGACAAAAUCCAGUCCAGCCACAACUUCCAGCUGGAGAGCGUCAACAAGCUGUACCAGGACGAAAAGGCGGUUUUGGUGAAUAACAUCACCACGGGUGAGAGGCUCAUCCGAGUGCUGCAAGACCAGUUAAAGACCCUGCAGAGGAAUUACGGCAGGCUGCACCAGGAUGUCCUCCAGUUUCAGAAGAACCAGACCAACCUGGAGAGGAAGUUCUCCUACGACCUGAGCCAGUGCAUCAAUCAGAUGAAGGAGGUGAAGGAACAGUGUGAGGAGCGAAUAGAAGAGGUCACCAAAAAGGGGAAUGAAGCUGUAGCUUCCAGAGACCUGAGUGAAAACAACGACCAGAGACAGCAGCUCCAAGCCCUCAGUGAGCCUCAGCCCAGGCUGCAGGCAGCAGGCCUGCCACGCACAGAGGUGCCACAAGGGAAGGGAAACGUGCUUGGUAACAGCAAGUCCCAGACACCAGCCCCCAGUUCCGAAGUGGUUUUGGAUUCAAAGAGACAAGUUGAGAAAGAGGAAACCAAUGAGAUCCAGGUGGUGAAUGAGGAGGAGCCUCAGAGGGACAGGCUGGGGCUGCCGCAGGAGCCAGGCCGGGAGCAGGUGGUGGAAGACAGACCUGUAGGUGGAAGAGGCUUCGGGGGAGCCAGAGAACUGGGCCAGACCCCACAGGUGCAGGCUGCCCUGUCAGUGAGCCAGGAAAAUCCAGAGAUGGAGGGCCCUGAGCGAGACCAGCUUGUCAUCCCUGACGGACAGGAGGAGGAGCAGGAAGCUGCCGGUGAAGGGAGAAACCAGCAGAAACUGAGAGGAGAUGACGACUACAACAUGGAUGAAAAUGAAGCAGAAUCUGAGACAGACAAGCAAGCAGCCCUGGCAGGGAAUGACAGAAACAUAGAUGUUUUUAAUGUUGAAGAUCAGAAAAGAGACACCAUAAAUUUACUUGAUCAGCGUGAAAAGCGGAAUCAUACACUCUGAAUUGAACUGGAAUCACAUAUUUCACAACAGGGCCGAAGAGAUGACUAUAAAAUGUUCAUGAGGGACUGAAUACUGAAAACUGUGAAAUGUACUAAAUAAAAUGUACAUCUAAAGAUGAUUAUUGUGAAAUUUUAGUAUGUACUUUGUGUAGGAAAAAAUGGAAUGGUCUUUUAAACAGCUUUUGGGGGGUACUUUGGAAGUGUCUAAUAAGGUGUCACAAUUUUUGGUAGUAGGUAUUUCGUGAGAAGUUCAACACCAAAACUGGAACAUAGUUCUCCUUCAAGUGUUGGCGACAGCGGGGCUUCCUGAUUCUGGAAUAUAACUUUGUGUAAAUUAACAGCCACCUAUAGAAGAGUCCAUCUGCUGUGAAGGAGAGACAGAGAACUCUGGGUUCCGUCUGGCGUCGUCCUGUCCACAUGCUGUACCAAGUGCUGGUGCCAGCCUGUUACCUGUUCUCACUGAAAGACUGACUGGCUAAUGCUCUUGUGUAGUCACUUCUGAUUCUGACAAUCAAUCAAUGGCCUAGAGCACUGACUGUUAACACAAACGUCACUAGCAAAGUAGCAACAGCUUUAAUUAAGUCUAAAUACAAAGCUGUUCUGUGUGAGAAUUUUUUAAAAGGCUACUUGUAUAAUAACCCUUGUCAUUUUUAAUGUACAAAACGCUAUUAAGUGGCUUAGAAUUUGAACAUUUGUGGUCUUUAUUGACUUUGCUUUGUGUGUGGGCAAAGCAACAUCUUCCCUAAAUAUAUAUUACCAAGAAAAGCAAGAAGCAGAUUAGGUUUUUGACAAAACAAACAGGCCAAAAGGGGCCUGACCUGGAGCACAGCAUGGUGAGAGGCAAGGCAUGAGAGGGAAAGUUUGUUGUGGACAGAUCUGUGCCUACUUUAUUACUGGAGUAAAAGAAAACAAAGUUCACUGAUGUCGAAGGAUAUAUACAGUGUUAGAAAUUAGGACUGUUUAGAAAAACAGGAAUACAAUGGUUGUUUUUAUCAUAGUGUACACAUUUAGCUUGUGGUAAAUGACUCACAAAACUGAUUUUAAAAUCAAGUUAAUGUGAAUUUUGAAAAUUACUACUUAAUCCUAAUUCACAAUAACAAUGGCAUUAAGGUUUGACUUGAGUUGGUUCUUAGUAUUAUUUAUGGUAAAUAGGCUCUUACCACUUGCAAAUAACUGGCCACAUCUUAAUGACUGACUUCCCAGUAAGGCUCUCUAAGGGGUAAGUAGGAGGAUCCACAGGAUUUGAGAUGCUAAGGCCCCAGAGAUCGUUUGAUCCAACCCUCUUAUUUUCAGAGGGGAAAAUGGGGCCUAGAAGUUACAGAGCAUCUAGCUGGUGUGCUGGCACCCCUGGCCUCACACAGACUCCCGAGUAGCUGGGACUACAGGCACACAGUCACUGAAGCAGGCCCUGUUUGCAAUUUAUGUUGCCACCUCCAACUUAAACAUUCUUCAUAUGUGAUGUCCUUAGUCACUAAGGUUAAACUUUCCCACCCAGAAAAGGCAACUUAGAUAAAAUCUUAGAGUACUUUCAUACUCUUCUAAGUCCUCUUCCAACCUCACUUUGAGUCCUCCUUGGGGUUGAUGAUAGGAAUUUUCUCUUGCUUUCUCAAUAAAGUCUCUAUUCAUCUCAUGUUUAAUUUGUACGCAUAGAAUUGCUGAGAAAUAAAAUGUUCUGUUCAACUUUUAAAA